UUGGUCAACCUAUGAGGACAAAGUGGCAUGGGGUCGAUCGAAUUCUUAUAAUUCCACAAAACACCACAUUCCUCAUCUCACUCACUUCCCUUUGCUUAAAUAAACCCAGCCCCACAAGCCAACCCUCCCCAAAAGUAAAUUGAUUGAGCUAGUUGAGUUUUAAAUUUCUAGAGAGAGAUGAGUUUUGAUGAAGCUUGUAACACUGGCCUUGGUCUCAGCCUAGGCUGCCGUGACAGCGUAGAUCAUGACCAUACAAAUUUGCAGGCUCCUCCUGAUCAUCAUCAUCAUCAUCAUCAUCAUCAUCACCACCAAAACACGUACAGGAACAAGCAAAUACAGUUGAAAUAUGAUCACCUAUUGCCUUCUCUUACGCUAGGCCCAUCGGCUGCUUCAAAGAUUGAGGAGGCCGAGUCCACUGAUUUGCACCAGGCAGUAGCUGUACAGGAACAGGCCUCUUCUCCCUGCAGCGGCGCCUUUUCAUCGUUUUCUAACUCGUCAAGUUUCAAGAGGGACAGAGAGUUGGGAGGUGAAGAGAUAGAGGUAGAGGUAGAGGUAGAGGUAGAGGUAGAGGUAGAGGAAGAGAGAGUGGUGAAUAUCACUUCCUCAAGAGCAAGCGAGGAGUUAUAUGAACAAGAUCAUGAGGGCAGCCCCAGAAAGAAGCUCAGGCUUUCAAAAGAACAAUCUGCCACUUUGGAAGACAGUUUCAGAGAACACACCACCCUCAAUCCCAAGCAAAAGCAAGACCUGGCAAGAAAGCUAAAUCUACGGCCGCGACAAGUGGAAGUCUGGUUCCAAAACAGGAGGGCCAGGACCAAGUUGAAGCAAACUGAAGCGGAUUGUGAGUUGUUGAAAAAGUGUUGUGAGACGCUGAAAGAAGAGAACAGAAGGUUACACAAGGAGCUGCAAGAGGUCAAGUUAAUGAAACAAACGGCAACAGCAGCAGCACCACCCUUUUACAUGCAGUUUCCAACAGCCACUCUCACCAUGUGCCCUUCCUGUGAAAAAAUCUGCAACGGCGGUGACCACCAUAAUCAUCAUGGGUCGUCGACGAGUUCCUUUUUGAUUGGAUCGAAGCCUGCUCACUUGAUCUUCAACCCCUUUAGCACCCAUCCAUCUACAGCUUGCUAAAGUUCAAAUUAAUUUGUAUAGAGAUCAAUGAAAUUUAACUGUAGAGAGGUUGUCUAUAUCUCUCUCUUUAUUUACAAAUAUUUGUAAAUUUUUUACGAUUUAGUCGUAUGGUGAAGGAUCCUUGUCUUCUUGUUUCUUGUCCAAUGACAAAUCUAGCUAGUUAGGUUUACUUUAUUUUGUACGUAAUGCCAUGUUUAGGGUAUGGGAAGCUUGUCAAGUCCAUUUAAUUAAACCUGCUUGAUCAGCCUCUAUGAAUUUCAGCCAAGUUGGUGGACGUGAUUCGGACUGAGGUAUUGAAAAUCAAUUCGAUGAAUUUCUUGCAA